AUGGUCAAAGACUUCGUUCACCAAUCGAGCUAUGACCACUCCUGGUCCUCCUGCGUCAGGGCAUACUUUCUUCGUUAUCCGAAUCCAAGUGCCUCGCACGUGCUAUCAGUAGAUGUGAUCGAUCGCAGAAUCGAGUAUCGACCUGUUCGCGGCGGGCCCUCUUCGUCUGCCAGCACGUCUUCGGUCACUCUCGACCACCUCGACAGCUCAUCAUUGCAACGAGACACGAUCCCGGUGCUCUGCACGACACGUCUCAUUCUCAAGCGCGGAAACUUGCCAAAAUGGGCUCCCUCGGGUUUGAUCAAGAAUGCAGAAAGCUGGGUCAUGGAGGAGAGUGAAGUCGAACUCGAUCUUUUCCCACCAAGAACAAACGCUGCUAGUCACAGCAAUGCGGGAGACCAAUCCGGGCCUGAGCAGUCGAUCACUUCAUCGGCGUCAUUGGUAAAGAGCCUCAAGGGACGAACGAAGAAUGGGAGAGCGAUGCGCAGUUGGACACGUAAUCUCGAUCACACCACCGUUCUUGCUGUCACCGAGGGUCUAGUCUACAAGGAAAGAUUUGGCUUCAUGCGGCCUGACGAGGGAGAUGACAGCAGCAAAGGGAAGAAGAAAAGCGGAACAGAGGUGGACGCAGUCUGGCGGUCUUACUGCAAGACAUUAACGACAGCGCAGAUCGAAUCGCAAGUCAGCUUCGGCAUUCUCCGAAGACGGAUCGAGAAGUUUGGAUUAGCUCGCUUUGUGGCGCAUAAAGAUACCUCACAGCAGGGUAUUAUGUGGACGCGCUCUCAGCUCGACGAUGCAGAAGCAGCAACGACGAGCUCCACGAGCCGAGAUCAAGGUGUGUUGCAGCGUUCUUCGAUGCCUCAGAAGAGAUUCAAGCUUCUCGAAUCACUACGACCGCCCUUCCUGGACGGGUAUCCGUUAGGUCCGUGGCAGAAGCUCAAGAUGUGGUGGUACUCGGGUCACUACUCACAGGUCAAGGAGUUGCGUGACGGCUACCUGAUCGAACGCGACGAAGACGAAGAUGGCUCCUCUGACGGACAUCGAUCCCCUCAGCGCGCCGUAUCAGCGGACGGCAGCAGCAAUAGCGAGCCUGGUUCCACCAACACCGAUGACGUCGCAGCUCCGAUGUACUUCCGUGGAACCGAGCAAGAAGGGCCUUGGGCAGAGCUCAGCGGAAGGAAGGGCAAAGGCGCGGUUUACAGUGACCAGGAUCGCAACGCCGAGGAAGGCGUGCUCAAUCAACUUCGAGCUCGAAUGGGACUAUCUCCCUUAGAACCUCUGUCGUCGGACGGAGACAGAAGAGGUGCGUUUGCCAAAGCGGUUGAACGAGCUAGGACAAAAGUCAAAUCGCUGCUGGGAUUCGACGACGAUGAGAUGCAUGCGAAGCAGCAGACGCAAGGACGAUUAGAGCGCAUUGACCGAGAUCGCACCGUAUAA